AAUAACUUCUUUCACUAUUUCACGCUAAAGUAAAUGUUUUUAAAAAGCCUAUGUUUUUAAAAGCCUAAAUGUUUGGUGACGCAUGCUCGGUUUCGCCCUCUACAGACGGGAGCGAAUCCCCUAACGUUAAUCCAAAGAUUUCGAACAGAGAACUAACUGGACAUUUCCUAUGAUACACACACAUAUACACCAGAAUUUGCAAGGCUAAUACUUGAGGAUCUUAAGGAUAAGGUGUAACAAAAAUGAUACUUAUGAAGCUGUGUGGUGUGUAUUUGUUUCCACGGGAAGGUUAUGUGGAUAUUGCUCGUUGCUAAUACUUGGAGGACAACGCCUGGAAGAGAGGACACCGUUUGACGUUAUUCUGAGAGGCAAAUCGGCACGGACACUUUCACAAACAUGGCUCAUGCAGUUUGUUCUCGUCUCGUUAAAAACGCCUUUAUGUGGCUGAUGCUUCACACACUCGUCGACUGCUGUGGAGGCUCAGUAACGCAGCAGACGUCUCAGCUCUCUUCAUAUGAGGUGACUGUACCGAGGCGCAUCAGCAGACAGAGGAGAAACCAGGACAGUGCAGAUAAGGUGUCAUACAUAAUCCAAGCUCAAGGAAAAGAACAUGUUGUCAUCCUAGAGAGAAAUGAAUUGCUACUUCCAGAGGACUUCACUGUGUACUCUUACGCCAAAGAUGGCUCGCUGGUCACUGAGAGAUUAAACAUGACUGGUCAUUGUCAUUAUAGUGGUUACAUAGAAGAUGUGGAGGGAUCUUCUGCAGCACUCAGCCUGUGCUCUGGGUUAAGGGGCGUUAUCCACACUGAGGGCACCAGUUUUGGAAUCGAACCGCUGGAAGGUUCCUCCAGUGAUGAACACUUGGUUUAUCGUUUGGAGGACGUACAGACACAACCUCUCAACUGUGGAACCCCUCACCCUUAUAACCAUGACAACCAAUCUUCACCAAGGCAACCUAUAAUCAGCCAUACCCAUAACAUCACGUUUGGUCAAGCUGGCAUCCAUUUAAGGCAAAAGAGGGCAGUGCUACACCAGACACACUACGUGGAGCUGCUGAUGGUGGUGGAUAAUGAGAGAUAUAACUACAAAAACAGAAAUCAUACAGCAGUUCGUGAGGAGGUGGUGCAGAUUGCUAACUAUGUUGAUAGUAUGUAUAUACCUCUGAAUAUUCGAAUUGUUUUGGUGGGGCUGGAGGUCUGGAACGUGCAGAACUUGAUCAAUAUUGAUGGCAGCGCUGGAGAGGUAUUGGGCCGCUUUACUCAAUGGAGAGAAAAAGAGCUUGUCCAUCGUCGACGCCAUGACAGUGCACAGCUCAUCCUAAAGAAAGGGUUCGGUGGAACAGCAGGCAUGGCGUUUGUUGGCACAGCUUGUUCCAGAAGUCACGGUGGCGGAAUUAAUGCGUUCACCAAUAAUAACGUGAUGUCCUUUGCCUCCAUUGUGGCUCAUGAGCUGGGUCACAAUCUUGGGAUGAACCACGAUGAUGGCCGAAACUGUAAAUGCGAUGUCACACACUGCAUUAUGAACUCGGGAGCAACUGGUUCUCGUAACUUCAGCAGCUGUAGUGCCGAUGACUUUGAGAAGAUGAUCUUGAAUUCGGGGGGCCGCUGUCUGCUGAACAUACCGCGGCCUGAUGAGGCGUACAGCGCCCCCUUCUGCGGGAACAAGCUGGUGGACGUGGGUGAAGAGUGUGACUGCGGAUCAGAGGAAGAGUGUGAGAAGGACCCUUGCUGUGAGGCGAAGACGUGUAAGCUGAGGUCAGGUGCUCAGUGUGCGUUUGGAGUCUGCUGCAAGAAUUGCUGGUUUUUGCCUGGAGGCAGCGUGUGCAGAAGCAGCACUGACGAAUGUGAUUUGGCGGAGUACUGUAACGGCUCAUCUGCACUCUGUCAGAAUGAUGUCUUCAAACAGGACGGCCAUCCCUGCAAACAAGACACGGCAUACUGCUACAAUGGCCAGUGUCAGCACUAUGACACUCAGUGUCAGGACAUAUUUGGCAAGAAGGCUAAAGCUGCUCCUGAGCUGUGUUUUAAGGAUGUUAACUCUAAAGGCGAUCGCUUUGGAAACUGUGGCUACCAUUCCAGUGGAUUCAAGAAAUGUGAAAGCAGGAACGCCAUGUGUGGGAAGCUACAGUGUGAGAAUGUUCAGUUGUCUGUCAUAUUCGGCAUCAAGCCAUCAAUCAUCCAGACCCCCAUUGCGGGCACUACCUGCUGGGGUGUGGACUUCCUGUUGGGCUCUGACGUACCUGAUCCCGGCAUGGUCAAUGAGGGCACCAAGUGUGGAGAUAAUAAGGUUUGUCUGAAUUUUGAGUGCAGAAGUGCAGACGUGCUGAAUUAUGACUGUGACGUUGAGAAGAAAUGCCAUGGCCAUGGGGUUUGUAACAGCAAUAAAAACUGCCACUGUGAAUACGGCUGGGCUCCUCCGUUCUGUGAGGCUUCUGGGUAUGGAGGAAGCAUCGACAGCGGACCCACCUGGAACGAUAAAGAUACUUCCAUGAGGGACGGUCUGCUUGUGUUCUUCUUCCUUGUUCUUCCUCUUUUGGCCUUGAGUUUGUACGUGUUCUUUAAGAGAAAUGAGCUGAAACAACGCUUUCUUAGAAAGAAACGCUCUCAGGCUUAUGAAGAUGAAAGCAGACCGCAGGCUACAGUGUCCCAACGAGGAAAUCCCAAGAGUAUAGUAAAGGAUGGGCACCAGACUCAGUUAUUGCCACCAGAGGAGGUGGUUCAUACUAAUAAAUCAGCCUCUGUGCCAUCUUAUGCCACCAGACCGCCACCGCCACCAUUUACACGACCAUCCGCUCCCCACCAACAACCGAAGCCUCAAAGACCAGCGCCGGCACCCCCAGUAUAACACACCACAACACAUGCUGCCCUGACAGUUAUUUCUGUCUGCCAUGGACGGGCCAAGUGAGAAAUGUACAGUGGGCGGAGUCAAGGACAAAUCAGGUGGUCGCACCCUUUCCCCCACUUAUACCCCACCUCCGUCUGUGAGCAGCUGUCAACUGUCAAUCAAACGGUGAGACGGUCACACUGUUACUAAAGGAGCCUCCACUCGCAAUACGUCAUCGAGUGCGUGAUGGAAGUGGGAGAACUAAAUGCCAAUUAAAUGCCUGUCACCUGACAAAAGAUGUCGAUGGCAACGGACUGAUCUUCUUAAACGUGUUACAAUUCAUAUGUACUAUAUAGGACCACUGUGACUGAUUGCACUUCAGUAAUAUUCACUGUUAUGUUUGGGUUUUUUUAGGAAUGUACAGUGAAAAUGCUUUUUUUUUUAGCACAACAGCCAAUCAUUGCGCCAAUAUUGUAAUAUGCAAAGAACAAAUGGAUUAAUGCAAGCCUUUAGUUUACUAUUUAGUGUAAUCUGACAAGGUUAUCGACACAUUAGUGGAGAUGCGAUAACUGCAGAUUGUUCUCUUUCUGGUUCACUGUGGCACAUAAGAUUCAGAAUAAAAUUAAAUUAAGUUUUCUUUUAUGAUGAGAAGCGAAAUACGUUAAAGUGAUUUUGUCCUUUUUAUUAUCAUUUGAAAUCGUUGUUACCCAAGAAAGUGAUUGAAAUAUAUAAAGUAUGAUUUAACUUUUAUACAUAGUUUUAUUUACAGGUUUAUUUAUAUGUAACUUUGAAAAAUAAUUAGCUUUUAGUUAUUUGCCAAGUGAAAUAAUGUCUGCGGUGAGGCAUAAAUCAGGUAAUAAUAAAUACUUUCUUUAGAAAAUAACUGCUGAGGCAUUUAAGGGAUACACUACCUGACAAAAGUCUUGUCGUCUAUUUAAGUUUUAGAAACAACUAAUAAUAUCCUGACUUCUAGUUGAUCAAUUGGUAUCAGAAGUGGCUUAUAUGAAAGGCAAAGGCCUCUAGAUUACGCUAAUUUUACCUAAAUAAAAUAUGAUCAUGCCUUGAUUCGUCUGAUUUUGCUAAGACAAAAGUCUUGUCACUUAACAGAAAUAAUGCACAGUAUAGAAUAGAAAGUCAUGGUGCAGUGGAAAAAGGAAUAUUGUGUUUGAAACUGUUCUUGCAGGACUCCCAGAGUUCAUCAAGAUCCUUUGGAUUCAUCUUCAAUGCCUCCUCCUCCAUCUUACCCCAGACAUGCUCAAUAAUGUUCAUGUCUGGUGACUGGGCUGGCCAAUCCUGCACCUUGACCUUCUUUGCUUUCAGAAACUUUGAUGUGGAGGCUGAAGUAUGAGGAGCGCUAUCCUGCUGAAGAGCACUCUCCUGUGGUUUGUAAUAUAAUCUGCAGCACAAAUGUCUUGAUACCUCAGGCUGUUGAUGUUGAUGUUGCACAUCCCCAUACUAAAUGUAAUUCCAAACCAGGAUUUUUCCUUCACCAAACUUGAUUGAUUUCUGUGAGAAUCUUGGGUCCAUCCUGGUUCCAAUAGGUCUUCGUAUUUGUGA